AUGGCCCGAGAGGCACUUGCUGCAUCCAAAUGGCAGCAGAAGAUGGUCAUGCAGCGACUUCAAGGUGGACGCUGGCCACGAAAGCACUUCCAGUUUGACCUCGUGGAGAUCUUUGGAGGAACUUCAAUGGUCACAAUUCGUGGAGCGACACUUUGGAAGAUGAAGGUGCUGCAACCCAUCGACAUCCGCUACGGAAUAGAUCUUCGGAAAAGAUCGAUGCGGAGAUGGUUGAUGACCACUUUGAGAAGGUUUAAACCUCGGCUGGCUAUGGUCGAGUUUCCUUGCACACCAUGGAGCAUCCUCCAGAGGAAUGUGAACUAUAAGGGAAGAGAAGAUGAGCUUCGAGAACUACAAGAACAAGACCGUCCCUUCCUCAAGCUCACGGAGGAUGUGUUCAAGACUCAGGUCGACCAUGGUGGUCACGCCAUCGCUGAGAACCCUGCCACAGCAGACUCGCAAAAGCAAGAUGAGAUUGUACGACUUCGCAACAAGUACUUCGAGACCACCUCUUGCUUGUGCAUGUUUGGUUUGACUGGCAAGGCAGGGCUACCUAUGAAGAAGCGAGUGAGGUUCAUUGCCACUCACCCCUACUUCAUCGAGGAGCUGGACAAGCAGUGUGAUGGCUCGCGUGUCCAUGAAUUGGUUGAAGGUUCCAACGCAGCCGCUUCAGCCUGCUACCCUCCUUUGUUGGCUGAUGCAAUUUGCCGUGCCUACUGGAGAAUUGUUGUUGAAGAAGAUUUUGGAACCAUGACCCUCAACGAGAAGGACGAUACCAACACUGCCUGGUUCGUGGACGCCGACAAAUCCGAGGACAAGUGGCGCCCCCUCUUCGAUGACGCCAUGGAGGUGUUGGGUAGGAAAACACAGGCCAGCAUCUUUCUUGCUCCGGACUCCGAGCUCUACGCCAAGAUUGCCCGUUUGGUCCCUUGGCAGAUCAUGAACAUCCAGAUAGCUCACCUGCCUAAGGCUAAGAGAGUCCGACCUGGCUUGGAAGAUUGUCACCGCUGUUCAGCACUCCUGUUGAACGACGACUCCAUUGUGCUUGAGACGGAGUUCUUGAAGACUGCUCAGGCACCAAGGGAACGUUUUGUGCAGCCGGUGCGCCUGGCUAUCUUUGUGCUUGGGUACGCUCCUGGUGACCCAGCAGACCCUGCUCCACAACAAGAACCUCCUCGACAACCAGUGCCGGUUGAGCCCCAUGACGAUGGUGCCCUACUAGAACCAAAGGAGUCUCCGGUCCUCACCAAGCAGACCUACGCAGAUGAGCAAUGGUUCAUUGGACCGCCUUUGACCAACAAGCAGAAGAAGUUGGCGCCUAUGUUAGUCAAGGUUCACAAGAAUUUGGGCCAUCCUGCACAACCUGACCUGACAAGAGCUUUGAUACAAGAUGGAAAAGUUGAGCCCGAUGCCAUUGAGUUGAGUAGAAGACUGCGCUGUGGAACAUGUGAACGUUCCAAGAGGCCUGGGAUUCCUAGGCCAAGCUCUUUCAAGGUCAUUGGCGCUUUCAACAGCAAGCUCUGCAUCGACUUCGUGUAUGUCACCGACGCCAACCAGGACAACCACGCCUUCUUGCACCUUUUGGAGCCAAAUGGGUCUUUCAAUGUCUUUUGGCCGUGUGACACCCGCGAAGCUGGCCAUGUCUAUGACCUGGUGACCAUGUUGUGGUGUUCAUGGGCCGGCUACCCAAAAGAGCUGUGGGUUGACCAAGAUGGUGCUUUUCAAGGCGAGUUUGCCGAGAAGAUGCGCAGCAACGGUGUCAUUUUGGACCACCCUCCUGCAGCUGCUCACUGGCAAGUUGGCGAAGUCGAAGCCUACAACCGUGCUUUCCAACACCUAGCCGCUAAGCUAGUGGAUGAGUUGAGCUUGGCUGGAGAGC